AUGAGUGAAACCGGUGGAGACCAACGACAAGAACCAGCUAUCGCAGAGGAACGAGGGGUUGUCGAGAGGAACAGAGCGCCCGUUGCUGUUGAAAGAGGACAGGGAGAAGGACAACGACCUGUGCAGAUUAUGGCAACGUUCGGGACAGUAGGUGAAUAUGUGGAGGGAGACGAGGAUUGGACUGAGUAUGAGGAAAGGUUGGGACACUUUUUCAAUGCUAAUGGAAUUACUGAAGAGGCUAGGAAGCGCUCGAUUCUCCUGAGUGUGUGUGGGGCGAGGACGUACAAGCUGAUACGGAACUUGGCUACACCACGGAAACCAGGUGAAAUUCCAUAUGCAGACUUAGUCAAACUUGUUAGCGACCACCACAAUCCGAAACCGUCUGUAAUUGUCCAGCGUUUCAAGUUCCACAGUCACUUCAGAAAGUCGGGUCAGUCAGUGGCUAACUUCGUAGCAGAGCUUCGACAGCUGUCUCAACACUGUGAAUUCGGAGCGGUGCUAGAUGAUAUGUUACGUGACCGGCUUGUAUGCGGCAUAAAUGAUGAUGCAAUUCAGCGCCGUUUGUUGAGUGAGACAACACCAAAAUUGGAUUUCAAAAAGGCGCUAGAGAUUUCUCAGGGAAUGGAAACGGCUGCUAGCAAUGCCAAAGACAUUCAGAAAGGGCAAGCUGGAGCACAACCUGUGGCAGUGCAUCAUGUAAAGAAAGACAGUUCGCGAUCUGGCAAGCCAGUUGAAUGCUUUCGGUGUGGAGGGGCACACUAUGCAAACGAAUGCAAAUUCAAGGAUGCUGUCUGCCAUGGGUGCAAGAAAAAAGGACACUUAGAAAAGAAGUGCAGGGGGGUUAAAAACAAAAACACUGAAAAAUGGAAAGGAAAGCAAAAUCAGGCCCACACACACCAUGUUGAGGAAACAAGCGAGGAGGCUAUGUGUUCUUUUGACAUGUUUGCAAUGGACACUGAUGAGGAACCGCCUAUGCCAUACUAUGCCACAGUCACUGUACACGGAAAGGAUGUCAAGUUUGAGAUCGAUUCAGGAGCGACGGCGUCUGUCAUCAGUGAGGAGACCUACAGGAGGACAUGGAGGUCCAACCCACCGUCCCUGACUCCAUCCAAGCUCCAACUGAGGACGUACACCGGUCAGCCCAUACCCCACCUGGGAGUGCUACAGGUGAGCAUAGCAGUGGGAGAUCAGGAGGCUGAGGGAAGACUAGUGGUGGCCAAAGGUAGUGGGCCCAGUCUUUUGGGCCGGGACUGGCUCAGAAAAAUAAAAUUGAACUGGCAUGAGGUGAAGUACGCGGGCACAACAGAGGACGUGCUGCAGCGAUACAGUGAGGUGUUCAGAGAUGAGCUGGGCACACUCAAGGGAAUGACAGUCAAACUGCACAUUGACCCCAAUGCCAAACCACGUUUCUACAAGCCCAGAGUGGUACCCUACGCCAUGAAACAGAAAGUGGAGGAGGAGCUAGAGCGCUUACAGGCGCUGGGCGUCAUUGAGCCAGUGCAGUUCUCCAAGUGGGCAGCUCCCAUUGUUCCUGUUAUGAAGCCUGAUAAAACAGUUAGGAUAUGCGGGGACUAUAAACUUACCGUGAACCAGGUCUCAAAGCUGGAGGAGUAUCCGCUGCCAAGGGUGGAUGACCUGUUUGCAACUCUGGCUGGGGGCAAGUCAUUCACAAAACUGGACAUGAGCCACGCCUAUCAGCAGCUGCUGCUGGACGAUGAGUCCAAGGAGUUCGUCACAAUAAACACACACAAGGGAUUGUUCAAAUUCAACCGCCUGGUGUUUGGAGUGGCGUCCAGCCCCGCCAUUUUCCAAAGGACAAUGGACAGUCUGUUGCAGGGCAUCCCACACGUAGCAUGCUACCUGGAUGAUUUGCUCAUUACGGGUGCUACAGAGGCAGAGCAUCUUGGCAACUUGGAGCAGGUGCUACAGAGACUCUCAGAUGCAGGGCUGAGACUAAAAAGGGACAAAUGUGUGUUCAUGUCACCAAGUGUCACUUACCUAGGACACAAGAUCACAGCGGAGGGUAUCUCCCCAGUGGAGGACAAAGUGCGCGCUGUCAAGGAAGCCCCAAGUCCCAAGAACGUCACCGAACUCAGAUCUUUUCUUGGGAUGGUAAAUUACUAUGGGAAAUUCCUGCAGGACCUCUCAAAGGUCUUGGCGCCGCUGUACAAACUACUGCACAAUGACACAAAGUGGCAGUGGUGUGAGGAGCAAGAAAAAGCGUUCAUGGAGGUGAAAGAACGACUCCAGUCAGCGAAAUUGCUUGUGCACUUUGAUCCAGACAAAGAGGUGACCCUCGCAUGUGAUGCCUCACCGUAUGGGGUAGGGGCAGUGCUGUCCCACGUGAUGGAAGAUGGAUCAGAGAAGCCUAUUGGCUUUGCUUCACGCACUUUGACGGCUGCGGAAAAGGGGUACUCGCAGCUAGACAAGGAGGGCCUGGCAGUUGUGUUUGCUGUUAAGCGCUUCCAUCAGUACCUUUACGGCCGUCCUUUCAAAAUCCACACAGACCAUAAGCCACUCAUGAGUCUGUUUGGUGAGACACACUGCAUUCCACCACUGGCCUCCGCCCGAAUCCAACGUUGGGCACUAACAUUGUCAGCCUACCAAUACACCAUUGUGUUCAGAGCAGGAAAGGACAAUGCAAAUGCCGACGCAUUCAGUCGCCUGCCAUUGCCGGAUACACCUGUCACCACUUAUGUGCCUCCAGAGACUGUCUUUUCAUUAGAGAAGUUGUCGGAAACACCAGUGACAGCAUCCCAGGUCAAGCAAUGGACUGAGCGAGACCCUGUCAUGUCUAAGGUAAAGACUUACCUGUUACAAGGCUGGCCAGCGGUUAUUGAGGAUGAGGAGUUAAGGCCUUAUGUGAAAAGAAAGACUGAGCUGAGUUUACAAGAUGGGUGCAUCUUCUGGGGGUCGAGGGUCGUCGUGCCUGCCCCAGGCCACUCACAGAUCGUGGAAGAAUUGCAUGAGACACAUCCAGGGGUGUCUAGGAUGAAAAGUCUAGCAAGAUCCUACAUCUGGUGGCCAAGCAUGGACUUAGACCUGGAAAACAGGGUAAAAGGGUGCAAACAGUGUGGGGUCAAUCAGAAAAGUCCGCCACCAGCUCCCUUGCAUCCAUGGGAGUGGCCAGACCGUCCCUGGUCUAGAUUACAUCUGGACUUUGCAGGGCCCUUCAUGGGUCAGAUGUUCAUGGUCAUGGUCGACGCCCACUCUAAGUGGAUAGAGUGCCACAUCAUGGGCAACAUAACAGCUCCCUCAACCAUUGAGAAACUCCGACAAGUGUUUGCAGUUCAUGGUUUACCUGACUCCCUGGUCAGUGACAAUGGCCCAACCUUUACAAGCGAGCUGUUCAGUGACUUCAUGCAGCAGAAUGGAAUCCGUCACAUUCGCACGGCUCCUUUUCACCCAGCAUCGAAUGGACUGGCUGAACGUGCUGUACAGACCGUGAAGGAGGGGUUGAAGCGCAUGACAGGUGAUUCACUGAGUUCUAGACUCUCACGUUUCCUGUUCAAGUAUCGCCUCACUCCACAGACCACCACUGCACGUACACCAGCAGAGAUGUUGAUGGGCCGUAGGCCUAAGUCAAGGCUAGAUCUGCUUCGCCCUGACCUAAAAGCAAAGGUGGAGAGAAAACAAGAAAAGCAGAAGGAGAGACACGAUCUUCAUGCGAGAGACAGACUGCUGAAACCAGGUGACAAUGUCUAUGUCAAGAAUUUCGGCAGUUACUUCAAGCAGCAAUGGCUUCCGGGGGUUAUCCUGUCACAGAAAGGUCCCGUCUCCUACGUCAUCAAGCUGACAGAUGGACGAGAGUUCCGCAGGCAUCAGGACCAUGUGCGGCUGCGUCACGACACCGACCCAGAGACUGUCAGCACUGCAGAGUUGCCACUGGUGACUCCUGGAGGAGCGUCUCCGGCAGAGGAAUCGCCACCGGAGGUGUCUGUGCCACCGGCAGAGACUGGACAGUCAAGCACCGGCACACCGACACCACCGACCCCUGUUGUGACCGCAGCACAGGAGUCUCCCAAAGCUCCAACGCCUGUGGUGACUGCUGUUCCACAGGAGACAGUGCGCAGAUCACAGCGUGCUCGAAGGGCUCCUGAUAGACUGGACUUUUGA